GGAGCCAGCGGGAAAUACAAUCGAACCUCGUUACUAAGUACAAGACGGGAUAUCAAAAACAUGUACGUUAUAAGCAUAGAACGUUGUAACCACUUAGUGCAAGAUGGAUGAAAGAACUCACGAAAUAUCCAUGUAAAUGAUAAAACUUUAAUGGAACAGACCUUUAAAUUGACUAGAAAGCAAACGAACACAUUAUUACUUGUCAAAUAAUUUGGCAAAGCUCAUUUGGAUACUUGAAAUUUUCCUUAAAUUACUCACGAUUACUUAGUGCCGGCCGGCGAUAAACGGCAACGAAAAUACACAACGGCUGGUCAAAAUGGAUUUUUAAAAUAAACAUUCGCAUCCAAAUUGGCAUUUGGCCUGAAAAUAUUAAUGAAAUGUUGGUCAAAUUAAAUCAUAAAAUCCUUUACUUCCAUUAUUAUUCUGAAUUCACAAUUACCGGCAUGACCGGUAUUUCACAAGGUUUAAUAAACAAAGAAUACGCACGCAACACUUAACAAGCCAUUACUACGCAGUCCAGUAACGGUCGGUCAAGGCAAAUCAUUUAACGCGGGAAGUUACAACGCAAUAGACAAAUGUGCAUUGUCGGGCGAAGAUCAGUUCCAAGGGUGAGGUCUUUCCAAGGAUUCUUAGUGACAUCUGAACCCAUUGACUAUGAGGAUUCCUCAGAAGGCAAAGGACAUGUCCCCAAACUAAAAUUCAACGUCACCAAAGAGGUCAAGGAGUAUCUCACUGGUCCUCUGCUCACUGUCUUUGUCCCUUCCAUCUACACACUUGUGUUCAUCAUCAGCAUUCCACUUAACACCGCAGCCAUCCUCUUCUUCAUCGGAAAGAUCCGGCCCUCGAAGCCGGCCGGAAUUUACAUGCUCAAUCUGGCUUUGGCGGACCUGUUGUUCGUGUCGCUCCUGUCUUUCAAGAUAUCCUAUCACUUCAACGGCAAUGACUGGGUGUUUGGCUCUGCAAUGUGCCGCAUUGUCACAUCUGCAUUCUUCUUGAAUAUGUACUGCUCCAUCCUCCUCAUAAUGUGCAUCAGUGUGGACCGUUACCUGGCAGUCAUCUAUCCUAUUGAAUCACGGAUAUGGCGCAGUCCCCUGAAAGCUGUGGCGGUUUGUGGCUUCAUGUGGUUCCUGGCAUCCGUAGGAGUGACCCCUCUUCUCAUGUCCAAGCAGGACCUCCACUUGACCCUGAAUAUAACCACCUGCCAUGAUGUGCUGGACAUCAAUCAGAUAAAGGACUUCUAUGUUUACUUCUUCACUAUCUUCACCUCCAUCUUCUUCUUUGUACCCCUAAUUGUCACCACCUUCUGCUAUGUGCGCAUCAUCCAGGUCCUCUGCUCCACCAGCACUGUGAAGCACUCCAAGAGGACCCGGGCCAUUGUGAUGGCUGUCAUUGUGUUUAUCAUCUUUGUGGCCUGUUUCGCCCCCACCAAUGUCAUCCUGUUCACCCACUACCUGCAGCUCACUCGUGGUUCUUCUGAGAGAUCCUACAUGGCCUACCUUUUGUCUGUAUGCAUUGGUAGCAUCAACUGCUGCCUGGACCCGCUCAUCUACUACUUUGGGUCGUCCCAAUGCCAGAAGCAGGUCGCUAGAAUCCUGUGUUGUAAGGCUGCGGAAGACAGGAAACAGGCCUCUGAGUACACCAGCUCAAGCAAGAUGGACACCUUCCAGGUAAACAUAAGCGACCCAUACAAAAAGCUGAUGAUCUGAUUCUCCUACAGGGAUCUAGAGAGGAUGAUGCUGACUUGGUUAACAUUGAAUCUGAAGAUGGAAGUUAUGUUUCUCUUAUUUUUCUAUUCCUUUUUGACUGUAUUGUUUAAAGAACAGCCAGCUGGCCAACCCCUACCACAACACAGGGCACAAGGCUGGAUGUCAGUAUAAAUAUAGUUGUUGUUCUGCUUUUGUUACCCAUAAUUAUUUUGUAACUCUCAGUGUAAAAUUAAUGUAUGGAUAUUUAAUAUGAAUGAUUCUGUACUAGGGCUGGGCGACAUCUUAAAAAAAAAACAAAAUGCAUUAUCUUAAUUUAAAAAAUGGGCGGCACGGUGGUGCAGAGGUUAGCACUGUUGCCUCACACCUCUGGGUUCACAGUUCCAGUCUCCACCAUGGCUCCAUGUGUGUCGAGUUUGCAUGUUCUCCUUGUGACGUUGUGGGGAGUCCAACGGGAAGUUUUAAGUGUGAUUUUUAUAUAGCUUUUUCCUGGGUUAUUCCCUGCCAUGUGCCUGGAGCUCCCGGGACAGGCUCUGGACACCCCAUGACCCUCCAUAGAAAAUGGAUGGAUGGCUUUUCAUAUAACUGUGUGAUCACUAUUGAACAUUUUGCUCUUAUACUGUGUGUAUAUGAUAAAUAUAUGUAUAUCUAAUAAAUUUUAUUUAACCGCAA